CGUAUUCUCAGUUCUCGGUUUCCCGUAAUUAUUGCAAAAAUAUACAUGUUCCUAACAUUGCCGAGUAAUGUGCACCACUCUAACGAGCCCUAUCUGGUGUGAAACAGUCACCAAAAGGGAGAUACGGAGGUGUAGUCUAUGCCUUGCACCAUUACUUCAUCUCCUGCGAGGUCCCCACCCAGUACUGCGUCGCGCAACGACCAAACACGACGCGUAGAAAAAAAGGCAGGCUACAUCUAUUGGACCAAGUACCCGGUUCUCGGUUUGCCGAACGCAUUCUUGAGAAAUAAGGCUGUCGCCUCGUUGAUUCGUAUCCCUGUUUCAGAUGUCUUCCUUACCCUGCUUGUUAAACGGGCCAACAUCGGAACCUUCGCCAUUUGGACGACUCGGACAGUGCUGCGGUCCUACCAAAUUCUCGUUGGCAUCGUUCUGAAUCUCUCCCCUCGUAAUCAUCUUUACAAUGUCUACGGAAACAUACUCACGCCCUCCAUACAAACCGACAUUCGAGUCAGGUAUCCGACACAACGUAAGCUGUACGGCAAACUCUAUUAUGCUAUCAUGGUCAGCGGGUCAAUCCUGGAAAUUAAUACUGGAUAUUUCAGAUUGCCAAGAGUUAACGUCAAAACAGCCGACCCUUUCGACAACAGUAGUCCCGGAUGCAACGCACAUUAA